GGAGAUGGCUGAGGCAAGAUUACUUGACAUGUCGAGAGUUCCAUUCAUCCCAGGGAGGAUACACGCUACCAACAACCUGUACCAGAGAUACGGUCCAAAGGGUUUCAUGGAGAUCAAGAUCCUCGAAAACGACAACCUUUACGUCCGUGUCGACUUGCCCGGUGUUCCAGACGACGGGGUCCGCCACAGAGUCGACUCCGUGAGACAAAAGGUUGUCUUUUUCUCCGGUGAAGAAACUCUCGGCGGCGACGGCGAUAAGGUUGACGACGACGUUCGCGAGUACUCCGGGACAGCCGGUUUAGGGUGUGACUGCUGCGAGAUAACCGGGGUGGAUGCGAAGAUGAAAGAUGGAGUGUUGAGGAUGAUUGUGUCAAGGGUCAAAGUCAGAGACCAUGACAACAAGUGUACUCACUUUCUCCCUCCCAACACAGGUUCGAAGCCACUCAAAUAA